AAGAAAAAUCAUUUUAAAUGGCUUGAGGUGGAGAAGCCCAAUAACGGGCUCCGAUGCUGCGCUGUUCCGCCUCUCUCGCUGUCAUCACUAAGCCGAGUCGUGUUAUGAUGACAACAAGAAUAUUCAGCCGCGGGAAGGAAAAUAUCUGAGUCUUUAACCCUGCCUUUUUUGUUUAUUUCCACGCAAUAGCUCGAUUAGCUUAUUGCCAGCGCAUUCCCGGUCCUCUUCUUCCUCCAGCUCCCAGUUUGCCGCCUACCGACUGCUGCAACCUGACAACAGCUGCAGUCACCGGCAAGAUGCUACUACCACACUCCGGUCUGCUUAUCGGCGUUCUCUGGAUUGUCAUCUUCAGUCCUGCUGAUGUCAAAUGUCUGAACGGCGAAGAAGAUCAGUCUCAAGACAUGGAGUGCAAAAUGAAAAGCGUUACGGUAUCCGCUUUGCCGUUUUUGCGAGAGAACGACAUAAGUAUCAUGCACAGCCCGUCGGCCUCCGAGCCCAAGCUGCUAUUCUCAGUCAGGAACGAUUUUCCGGGCGAGAUAGUCGUCGUUGACGAUUUGGAAAAUACCGAGCUUCCGUACUUCGUAUUGGAGAUCUCUGGGAACUCUGAAGACAUCCCAUUGGUGCGCUGGAGGCAGCAGUGGUUGGAAAAUGGUACUUUGCUCUUCCACAUCCACCAUCAGGACGGCAGUCAGAACCUGCCUGGCCCGGCCGCCACGUCUUACCCCGCUAGUGAUUCCGCCGUGGAGGAGCUGCGUAUCCUGCACAUCUCUGUCAUGGGUGGUAUGAUUGCUCUUCUGUUGUCCAUCCUGUGCUUGGUGUUGAUCCUGUACACUCGUAGACGCUGGUGUAAACGUCGGCGUGUACCUCAGCCUCAAAAGAGCGCUAGUGCUGAAGCAGCCAAUGAGAUUCACUACAUCCCCUCUGUGCUGAUGGGUGGACAGGCCCGGGAAAGUUUGAGAAAUUCGCGGGGGCAGGGUCACAAUUCAAGUGGCACCCUCAGCAUCCGUGAGACUCCGAUCCUGGAUGGGUAUGAAUAUGACAUUACAGACCUACGCCACCACCUGCAGCGGGAGUGCAUGAAUGGGGGUGAGGACUACACCAGUCAGGUGACACGUACGCUGGACUCACUUCAAGGGUGCAAUGACAAAGCUGGCAUGGAUCUCACUCCAGGAAACGAUAGUACGAAACUGUCCCUAAUGAGCAAGUACAAGGAUAACAUCAUAGCUACCAGUCCUGUCAACAGCAACCACCAGCAAAACACGCUCCUCCCACACAACACCUCCACCAACCAGCGCAAGCGUCUGUCCAGCAAAAUGCACGCGGGUUCAACUUUCCUGAACCCGGAUGGGGACUCUGGGACGGAGGCGGACAGUGAGCCGCAGCUGACCUUCUACACUGACCCAAACCGCAGCCGCCGUCGCAGUCGAGGUAUGAGAAACGGUAACGUCAACACCGCGUGGGGCUCUGGGGGUUCCCCACGGAGCCCUAUCAACAAGACCACCCUGACUUUGAUCAGCGUGGUGAGUUGUCUGAUCGGCCUGGUCUGCGCGUCUCACCUUUCCUGUAGCAUCAACGUCAGAGUCAUACUCCACGUUCCAGAGCACCUCAUUGCAGACGGCUCUAGAUUCGUUCUGCUUCAGGGCAGCCAGUUGGACGCAUCUGAUUGGCUGAACCCAGCCCAAGUGCUGCUGUACUACCAGCAGAAUGCCAGUGGCCCCUGGGUCAAUGAUCUAUGUGGUCGCCGUCUCUUGGACCCCUGUGAGCACCAAUGUGACCCAGAUACAGGAGAAUGUCUCUGUUUCGAUGGCUACAUGAAGGACCCUGUUCAUAAGCAUCUAUGUAUUCGCAAUGAAUGGGGCCCAAAUCAGGGCCCAUGGCCCUACACAAUUUUCCAACGUGGUUUUGACUUGGUGAUGGGAGAGCAGCCAUCUGAUCGCAUUUUUAGAUUCACAUACACUCUUGGAGAAGGCAUGUGGCUGCCACUUAGCAAAAGCUUUGUCAUUCCUCCAGCUGAGCUGGCCAUCAACCCCUCUGCUAAGUGCAAGACAGAUAUGACUGUCAUGGAGGACGCAGUGGAUGUCAGGGAGGAGCUGAUGAUUUCUUCAUCCUUCGACAGUCUGGAAGUGCUGCUCGACUCUUUCGGCCCAGUGCGCGACUGUUCAAAAGACAAUGGAGGCUGCAGCCGAAAUUUCCGUUGCAUCUCUGAUCGCAAACUGGACUCCACUGGCUGUGUGUGUCCUCCUGGUUUGAGCCCAAUGAAGGAUGGCACCGGUUGCUAUGACCACCACAUUGGCAUUGACUGCUCUGAUGGCUUUAAUGGGGGCUGUGAACAGCUGUGCCUUCAGCAGCUGGCACCUCUUGAGGAGGACCCUACUCUCUACAACAUCCUGAUGUUCUGCGGAUGUAUUGAAGAUUAUAAGAGAGGAGCAGACGGUCGGUCAUGUCAGCCGCUGUCAGAAGUCUGCACCGAGGGAGUGGACUGCGGGGACACAGUUGACAUCCCGGCCAACCAGACUGUGUUCGGGGACCUCUUCUACGGCUACAAUAACCACACCAAAGAGAUUACAUCAGGACAGAUCCUUAAGGCUUCCUUCAGGCAGAAGAACUUUGCCCGUGGCAUCGAGCAGCAGCUCCCGGAUGGCAUGGUGGUUGCAUCUGUGCCGAAUGAAGCCCAAUGUCAUGAGGAGCUGUCUGACCCAGUGCCUGAUCCAGAGUACCUGACUGGUAUGGUAAACUACAGUGAGGUCACUGGUUACCCAUUGGUUCAGCACUGGAAGCUGCGGUCCAUUAUGUACCAUGUAAAGCUCAAUCAGUGGACCCUCUCCCAAGCCUUCAGUUCAGCAGUUCAUUCACUGGAUGGGGCCACCCUGCGUAGUGACUUUGUGUCCAUUUUAAAAGAGUUUGGCAACCAUUUUAUCCAGGAGGCAGCGUAUGGCUUUGAGGAAUCCUGUACCAUAUGGUAUCCCAACAAGCAAGUCCAACGGCAGCUGUGGUUGGAGUAUCAGGACAUCAGCAAAGGAGCUGAGGAAGUAAAACUCAACACAGCCCUCGGGAGGUUGGUCACAUCUGUUCAGCCAAUAAAAGGAGGCAAGGGCAGAUGUGAGAUGGCUGACUGGCUAAAGCUGAAUGCAGGCCAGCGCUGCUCCGUACUUGGAAGGCUCCUGGGCAGGCUCACCUAG